CUCUUCUUCAUGGCGAGUGUAUAUCAUUCCAAAGGCAAAGCGGUACUUUGUUUCAGGUCGUGUUUUUUGUUUCUUGAAAAUUGGUACCUUGGUUUCGCGCUUUUACGGUAGUUAUUUGGAAAAAUGUAUACAGGGUCAAUGUGGCCCGUAUUAUUGAUCCAGAAAGAGAAAGAACUCAAACUUCAUCUAUUGAUUGUUUGAUCGUUGGAGAGUGGUAUCUUCACGAAGAGAUGAAAUCAGAACUACGAGAAAACAAUCUCACGCUGUUGAUCUGCUCUGCAUUUUUUAGUUAUUGUACAGUUUAGAAGAUGCAUAUGUAAUUUUUGUAAAAUUUUUGUUUACUCAAAGAACUGAAGUUGUCAUGGUGUGGGUUGCAGCUGCAGGCGUGACAGCACUAAGAAGUGGACGGAGAAGGAGUUCUUCUUCCGGCACCAGCCCGAUGAUGAUUUCAAAAUCUAAAUCAUCUUCAUUCCCGCUGCUCAUCUUGCUUCUCGUCUCCCUCCACAGCCUGUUUCCCGCAACCACCUGCUUUGCGAAGCUACUGCGGGCGGGGUGGCCCCCCGUUGCGGGGGGCCACCGAGGCUGGGGGACAGCAGGACCUUCUACAGGAGACCCGAGUAGAUCCUACUACGGCGAUGCAAUGUACCCGCGCCCGGGCGAUCCACCUUAUCAUGGGGUAGCUGGUACAGCAAGAGCUCCUGCACGCGCCCCGCCGCAGCGGCAGAUGCGGGACCCUUAUGCACGAACAUCGCAAGCACCUGCGUCGAGCUUUAAUUACGCGCCACUCAACUCACCACAAGGACAAGUCCAGCAGGGUGCGUCCUCCGCCCAGCAACCAACAUCCGGUGGCUCUUCUACUUCUUUCCUGAGCUCUUUGUUCGGCACGGGAGGAAGAACAUCUUCGUCAAGUGGAGCUCCAGCAGCUUCGAUCUCUGUGGCCCAACGCCUGCGGCAAUUCGUCCAAGGCCCGCCGAUUUUGCAGGACGGGCUGAAGAAACCGCUUCUGGCGGCAGAGGUGCGGAAGCUGCACGAGUCCCGCGCCCAGUAUUGCUGCUGCUUCAGCCGGCGCCAGCAGUGCUGCUCUGCGUCGCGGCGGGACCGGUGCCGUACCGACUGCGAUUGCAGCUGCGAUUGCGGUGGGGGCGGGUACGGGUGGAACUACGGGAACGACUACUGGUCGGGCUACCAAAUGGGGGUCCUGAACGGCCUCGACUCCCACAGCGGGCACGUGAGCCCCGAGGGCACCUUCACGCGUGAUUUUUGCUGUGGCCCCUGCUACAACUGGGGCUACCAGGACGGGAAGACGUUUGGCGUAUGAAAGCCUCAGGUUGGAAGUCCUCAAAGUGGAAAUGAUAGAUAAAUUUGCAAUGCAAUGAAACGACUCCAGUUGAAGCGCCAUUUCUGGUGUGCGCAUGACAAAUUUCCCCGGCACUCAAAGCAUGUCAGUCUGUCAUGCUAGUCAGGGCAAAGGGGUACCCUUCUCUCGUGCUAAUCAGCAGCCUAAUUCUGAACCCCUAGAAGCACAAUGGUCGGACUCCAUUGCGUCCUCUGCCAUACAGUCUUUUACUUUUUCUUUGGUGUCGCAUUUCAUACAUCGCAAAUUCUUUCCACUUUGAGAGUUUUCAUUCUGCGGCUUUCAUACGGCGCGCAGCUGGCAGACAGCGUCGACCGGCACCCGGGUGCGUAUUACGGCGAUGGGCUGCAUCAUGGUUACUUGGCACCAUUCGACGGUGGACCCAGCGGAGCGGGAGCAGGAAGUACACCUAUUAACACGCCGUACAGUUCUUGCGGGGAUCCGCAGGUAGACCACGUCGUCCGCGCCCAUGAAACCAUCAUGCACGGGGGCGACGGGGGGGCUGGUCUAGGGCACCACCUCCACCACGCCGCGCAGCACAUGUCGGGUUCGGGACCCCCGGAAAACCUGCAUGGAGACAGCUGCUGUCCGUGCGCCAGCGGCGGCACCCACGAUAUUUGCAUAUGCAGUGGACACAAGAAGCAGCGCACUACGUUGUAUAAACCGCAUCUCAUCUUCACAAAUUUUGGGGAGAACCUUGUGAUUUAAAAACGUUGAUUCAGUAGUUGACACAGACAACGAUAUAAGUAAGUAAGUAAUCAUGACUGCGAUUCAUACGAGUGCGACAGCGAUCCUUUUGCACUGCAUAGUGCACCCUGCCAGGCGACAGCUGUUGCACCAACGACAACGGCAAGAUCGACGGGUGUCAUUUUUGCUGCACGCACCGCCCGCCGGGCGACAACGACCCGCAGUGCUGCGGCCUGGUCCAGCCGGAUCUGCACCACGAACAGUGCCACAAGUGCUGCUGCAUCGACGGGCAGAAUGAGGUGAACCCCUGUGCUUGCUGUUUGCAGACGCAGGGCGAGGGGGCGGACCAGUUUCAGCAAUGCGACAUGUGUUGCUGCGUGCGCUUCUGCUGCCACACCGAGAGCAACCACCUCGCCUGCUGCAAUCCCGGGGGCUGCUGCGGCGAGUGCGGCAACCUGGACCCCCAGCACGGAGAGAUUUGCUGUCACGGGUGCGGGAACUGCGACAACCUCAAGUGUGACAACUGUUGCCCAAGCGGUGGAGGCGGCGGCAGUGGGGAGGAGGCUUGCGCUCUAUGUGCUUUUUGCGGAGCUGCACUAGCUUUCGUCGCCAUGCUGCUGCUGAUGACGAUGACGGCAGCUGCGGGCUUCGUCUACUCGGGUCUCAUGUUUUUCCCGCUCGCGGCAAAAAAGUUCAUCAUCCUGGUCUUAUACACGAGCACCACGGGCGUUUUGCUCGACCCGGUCCCCAUGCGGCAGCCGGUGGCCAUGCUGAUGCUGCCGGAGCCGCAUUCCAUGACGUCCGGCCUUGUUCCAUCCGGCCUCACCGACGCGGAAAUCUACGAUACAAACAGCGUGAACGCCUUUAACGAGACGGCCCCCACCCCGUUGGCGGAGGAACUUGCCGAGGCCUAUGCCGACGUGAGAGCCAUCCCGAUCGACCUGCACGCGGUGCAGGUGAACUCCGACGGCCACGUGCUGCGCGUCUUUCGGGUGCGAGAAGACACCUACGUCCCCGACGCGCGGCAGUCGUGGCGCCGCGCCGGUGCGUACGAGGCCCCGGUGGUCCUGCUUCCCGGCGUGAACUUGUGGAGCUGGCGCCGCAUAUGGCGUUCUCAACUGUUACAUUCUCAACUGUUACAUGAAUUUGUAAUGCAAGAAUGGCAAAAAUGAUAGGGGAGAUCGUGCGCGCCUUGCAUGACAGAUUUUGCGCCGAUCAUCACUGAGAAUUUGUCAUGCGAAGCAGCUUGAUAGUGUCGAUUCUGAAGGCUAUUUUGCUGCCGCACCCCCCCGGGCUUUAGUCGCGCAGUCUGUUAAGCAUGACAAAUCAUGUAACAGUUGAGAAUGUAACAGUUGAGAACGCCAUACCGCAUCAAGUGGUUUUCGGACGCCGUCGCGUCCACCCUGUGGCCCUACCAGGCGGGGUAUCGGUUUCUGGCGAAGGGCACCCUGAUUGCCCUCAAACCCGUGCCCCGGGGACACGGACCGGAGUGCAACCUGGACGAGACGCCCGCGGCCGUCGUCAUGGGGCAGCACGAAAAGUGGCACGACCCCUUUCUGAAGGUGGUUCCCUUCCCGGGCUUGGGCGACAGCGACGCCGCGACAAACAAGCAGCACGACUGGUGGCCUAUUAACAUCUCCAAAUUUCCGCGCGACGCCUAUACACAUCCGGUAGCAAGGUUGAUGAUGAUGAUGAAUCUAGUAGGGUGUUGCAUAUGCACUGCCACCUGUGUAGUCGUGCUUCGGCUUUACAUCUUCAAACGAACACUCUCUCCGCAACUUCCAUCACCUGCCUCCUGGCACCGUGCCUCUCUCCGAGGAAGGAGAUUAUAAAAUGAAGACGUUGUCCAAAUUAUAGAGAGAGCAAGUAGACCACGUAAGUAAUGUUCAUGGAACAACCAUCUCCACAUCUAGUAUCCCACUGCCACAUAUUCAACAGGAUCUCCAGCCCUACGACGGACCGAUGCCACCCAAAAUUGCACCAAGCACGCCCCGGGGGCGAGGAGUGGAUCGGUGGGGCCUUGGUGCUGCGACUCGAGGCACCAAGCCAAGUCCCGCUGCCGGGACGGAGGGCGCGAGAGGCGAAUGGGACCGCGGUGCCGCGACUCACGGCACCAAGCACGCCCCGCUGCUUGAGGCGGGUGGGACCUUGGUGCCGCGACUCUCACACUCGAGGCCGGGGCAUUGGGUGGAGAGCGACUGGGGGCGCCCACCUGCGACCAACGGAUCCAGCGCCCCGGGCCGGGGCGUUGGAUGGGGGUCGAGGCUGGCCAGCAGGCCUUGGAGGAUCCAGAGGCCCUGGCUGAGGCGUUGUUUGGUGGUUGCGGCUGUCCACCUGCCAUCGGCGGAUCUAGCGCCCUGGGCCGGGGAGUGGGAUAGGGGCCGGCCCGAGGUUGGCCAGCAGGUCGAAGAGGGCUUAUCCAGCGACCCGGGCCGAGGCGUUGGAUGGGGAUCAAGGUUCCGGGUGGUCCGGUUCCGGGUGGUCCCGUUCCGGGUGGUCUGGUUCUGGGUGGUCCGGGACCUAUCCACAAGAGCGCCCGGGCUCCGCCCGGGCCAGCCUUGUACUUAUAUGAAUGAAGAUCAAGAUCUUGUCCAAAUUAUAGGGAGAGAAAAAAGUAGACCAUAUUCAUGGAACCAUCUCCACAACUGGUAUCCCCCCACUAUAACAUUGUCAGGAUCUCCAGCCCUACGACGGACCGAUGCCACCCAAAAUUCGGACCUCCGCAAGACACCUCAACCGGCCUGAGUCUAGCGCUAUGGCCGGCAUUGGUGGCCUUCGCGGUUGGGCGCCAGAAUUAGAGCGCAUUACGCUGGGCUGUGUUUUACCCUGGUUCCGGUUUUUCUCUUACGCUUGGUUUCAGUGUGUUUUGCCCCAGUGCCUCUCUGACAUUCUCCGCCCGGCUCUCUUUCUGGCGGCGGCGCUUUCGUUCUGCUUGGAGCCUCACGCGCCGUUUGAGUGCGGCGAGCCCCGAUGCGUUGACGGCCAGCCAAAGGUCUUGGAUUUGCAUCCGAGCAACCACGAGGGCAAGUGCCGGCCUCCCGGGAAAUAGCCUUUGGGGGUCGUCCUUGGGGGUUCAAGAAUGGGGUAUCCGACAUUUUGCUCCGAUGCAUUUUUAUCCAUCGUGAUUCGCUUCAGAAAAAAACGCAUCGGAGCAGUUUUUGUCGAGGUUCUUGUUAGAUGUAUAUGGACAACAUUGGAUCUCGUCCAAUCUGCUCUGAUGGAGACAGGGAUGCGUUUUUCGGAUCGAAGCCCUGGGCCUUGAGUGCCUUUGGACCGCUAACAACCUGAAGAGGUCCAUCAGGGCAACUCGCGCGAGCCUGGGGGCAUUGCUCUCAACUUUGGUGACGAAAUCGAGGAAAACAUCGCCCAGAUCCCUGAUCCGGAAAACGCAUCCGUGUCUCCGUCCGAGCAAAAUGCAUCACCAGCAAACUUGCUCCGCUACGGUUUUCUUUUAUGGAGGCACGGGUGUGCUUUUCGGAUCAGAGAUUCGAGCAAGCAAAGUAGCGAACUUGCUCUAGUGCCUUCUUUACUGCUUCGCCCUUUGUAAGACGGCUUGGUCUCUCUCCAAAUGCAUCAGAGCAGCCUCGUGUCUGAUAUCAGUGCGCGCGCCAAUGUCGUCACGGCGGGUAGGUUUUUCGCUCUGUGUGGCCCUGAUGCGGAGAGGCGGGGAAUUGCAUCGGAGCAAACUUCCAAAAACCUGCUGCAGCAACCCCUUCCGAGGCCUUUUUCGUGCUUAUCAGCCCAAGCAGGUCAAAUUGUCUUCGAGCUCCUACAUUUUGCGCAGAUGCUGGCGCGGAUGAAAAUUUUGCACCUUUAACACAUCUCCAACAGGAUCUCCAGCCCUACGACGGACCGACGCCACCCAAAAUACGGCUAUUUUCUGUACUUUGGCACCUCCAAGUUGAAGAAAAAGGCUGCGCUGUAUGUUUUGCUGCAAAAAGUACUCAAGACCGGCGCCCCCGCCCUGCUGGCGGGGGUUGGCCGGCGUGGGAGAGAGCACGAAGCGCCCGGAAAAGGGAAAAGAGGCCUUUUCCUGAAACUUGGCGGCCCGAAGUUGCAGAAAAAGGCCUCCAAAUGAUUGCCGCGAGCAAGUGCGCGCACUUGGUCCGGCUUGGCUUCUUUGGCUCGGGCGAUGCUUCCUCGCUGUUGUUGGGCGCGCAGCUGGGCGCGCGGUUGGGUGCAAGCCGGCUUCUUGGCUGCGAUAGCUGCGAAGAAACGAAAAGCCGAGCUUUUUCUGCAACUUGGCGGCCCCAACUUGUUGAAAAAGCCUGUCAGACGAAACCUGUUGAAAAAGACCGCUGCGCCUUUUGCUGUUGCCUGGCCAAAGGGGCCCGGUGACCUUCCGCCCUAGGCCCCCCCUCGCAUUUUUGCCUGGCCGCUGACUGAGGCCUUUUCUGGCAACUUGCGGCUGGGAACUUUUCCAAUUUGCGCGUCUUCUUUUUGUGUUUCUUGAUGUGGGCUCUGGAGCCAAACGAAACACUUCGAAAGCGCCACUCCCUAUCGAAGCCUGGCGUCCCAUGGCCAUGGUAGUGGACAUUUUGAGCGCGUUUCAGAAGCCACCCAGUUGCUGGGCCGAUUUCACUCCGACAUCUCCACAUCUAUUAUCCCACUGCCACAUCUUCAACAGGAUCUCCAGCCCUACGACGGACCGAUGCCACCCAAAAUUUUAGGCAGAGUAAAGGAAACCAUAUUCAUAGAACCAUGUCCACAUCUAGUAAUAUCUAGCACAGGCGGUCGCUCCGCGACCGCCGGGGAGGUAUGGAGUAGACAAGGAAACGAUGGGCCCGAUUUCCUACUAGGAAGGUUGCUGCAGUCGCGGGGAAGGGCGGGGCAGCAGGCGGUAGGCGUCCAAGCGAAUUUAUCCAAGGGCUCCGGCGCUCACUAGAGCCUCACACCCCACGUCCCCGGAACGACCUCGGAAGCGGGUGGGCGGCGGGCCUUCUGGGCUGUUUGCAAUUUGCGAGCACCCCCCGGGUGGGCGAGCUAGUAAUAUGUGCAUUUUGCUGGAUACCCCCGGGAAAGUGGCCGCGGCCUAAAAAGCCCUACCUACGCAAAGGGGCGGGGCAGCCAUGCCCAACGGGCCACCCUCCCACCGCGAAGGGAGUGGGCGCCCGCGAUGCACAUGAGAGGCGAGCGGGGCUGGAGAAAAGGGGCGGCCUGCCCUUCUGAAAGGCAGGGAUACCCGCGCGCGCCAGGGGGGAGCCGGCCCCCUGAGUCCAAGGAAAGAAACACCAGGCGCAGCGCCACCCCGGGCCCCUGUGGCGCAGCCAGUAUUACUCUGGCCCCCUGCCUCUGCGCCUCCGCUGCCAGCGCCACGAGCCGCGCACACAAUUGCAACAACGCGCACCGCGCCUCCACUGCCGCAAGGGGCAGCGUACGCCCCUCCUGGACCGCCCUCCCUUUUGCAAAGCGUCCCACACCGCCCCCCGCACCCCACACCGCCCGAGACCACGGCGGCGGCCUGCCCGCUGCGAGUUUCUCCGCAAGGGGCAAGGGAUGCCGACAACACGCACAAGCGGCGCGCCGUAGGCUCACAGCGAGCCGCUUUAGCGGGACAAGAAGCGCUCUGGGAGAGCUUGUUUCGGAGCACCUCGGCGUUCGCAGGGUCGUUCCGCGCUUUGGCUUUUGCCCAGUUUUCUCCUAGUACGCGCUCUACUAGUACGCGCUCUACUAGUACGCGCUCUACUAGUAACCCGUCCCCGUUUUACUAGUAGAAUUUUUGCUCCCUUGUCCCGAUAAACUUACUAGUAACGUUUUUUACUAGUAAGAAUUUGCGGGCUUUCGUUACUAGUAAGAUUUUUACUAGUAGAAAUCUGGCCAUGCGUCAAUCGAUUUUCUUGCCGUAUAGUAUAUAGGGUAUUGUAUCCCACUACGACAUUUUCAGGAUCUCCAACCCUACGACGGACCGAUGCCACCCAAAAUUGCGGCCGGCACGCAAUUCGGGGCGAUUUCGCCCGAGAAGAUCGACCUCAUCAAGUGCCGCAACAGUUGGGAGACGGGCCCGACGAGGUGCGCGUUGCCGGCGUGGAAGCUGCCGACAGACAGCAAGCUUUUUAACCAGCAGCACCGGCUGCAGGCUCGCGAGGCAGGAAUGAGCUUCCCUUCCGAGCUACGUCCAGGAAAAAAACUUGCUAGAUAUGUUUUUCUUUUUACUCGUCUACCCCCGCCGUAGACCAUACGAGACAACACAGCGUACGGCUACGCUUGUACUCAUGCCCGACACCGACCUACGGUCGUCGCCCCUUAAUUUCGCGAUACUAACUACAAACGCCUUCACAUCAUGCAUGUUUCCCAAGAAUAAAUAUGCCAGUCGAAAGAAGUUAGUAGGUACUAUGCACAACUUAGAAGUAAAGAAGUUUAGGUUAUUUUCUUGGAUACCAGCAGGGGGGAGAAAUGACACAGGCGGAAUGGGAAAAGAUGCCCAAGGAAGUUGCCGAUGGGGAAAAUAGUCUACCGCUGUCUACCAUUUGCGUCAAGAUCGCAGGUACUUAAAUAGAAGCAUGCCCUCUUUUCUUUUGGUCUCUUUAUUUUUGAUGCGUUUUCUUUUACAACAGGAAGUCCAUAUUAAUUUGUUUCGAGCACUCCCACUCGCACUCCUCUCCAUGAGCGCGAUUCAGCACAAGGUGAAAUUUUUCCAAUUCCAACCAAUACCAUUAUUAUUGAUAGUAGAUGGUUCGCAAGAAGGGGAAUACUCGUAUUGAAAACCAAACAGAUGGAGAUGGUGUCGGCAGCGGGCCCAGCUACAAAAAUAUCCUUCAAAAAAAUAACACGCCAGAGGACCAAGGCCCUUUGUCUGACGACUACGUGGAGAUGCUUGGCAUGUAUGGUAAAAGAUGCAUCAUCUAUGUUUGCCGCGCAUGGUCGUGCACCUCGCAAGUACACAACCACCAAGCAACCGACGCCUGUUUAGUAUCGUUGAAGAUAGUGCUACUAGUACGAGUGAAGAUGUUGAUAGUACUUCUACCGGUUGUACCUUCGCGGCGUUGCUCGACUUGGUAUUCUAGUAUCGUCCAAAAGACUAGAUCCCCCCCGAACAAGACAAGGAACUCGGUCGUGGGUUCUGUGCUGCGUUAAAAAGAACCUUUUCCUUCGCAUGCGCCAAACCCUUAGCCUACAGAACGUGCCCGUUUUGUUGCGUCACCGCAACGAGUGGAUUCCCGAUGGCUCGCAAGUCGUCGACGCCCGCAACGACUACGGCCCGGAGACUUGGCACCACCUGGUGCGGGACGCAUUCUACGCGAAACACCCCGAUGUAGCAGCAAAUUUCAGAGCGGAGGGAAGAGAAGCACACGACAGCGCGGGAAGUGACGCUGCUACAUCAUCGUCUGCAGCUGCAAUUCCAAGCGGGGACGCGUCCUCGCAGGCUGUCGGCCCGGCCUCCGGGCCGCCCCUCCCCGCAGCCGCAAGCGCGGCUACAGGCUACGAUUUUUACAACUCGCAGGGUGGAAUGAGCAACACCGUCGCGUAUUAUGAAGAUGGAAAACUACAACCUGCCGGGGACGAAAUGACUGCUGCAACAGGCCGGAAGACAAGCACGAUCGAGCAACAAGAGAAAGCUGCAAUGCAAAAAUCUACUCGGCUACCAACAACAUCCUCGCCUGCAAGGCAAUUGAAAAUACAGGAGUUUUUGGCUGGUUCGACGGCUAAAGCAGAAGGGCCCGAGCGUGCUGUAGUUGAUCCAGUUUCUAUUCAUGUCGAGGACGUAGAAGACAACGACAAUCACGAACAGCCAGAACAACAUGUGGCCGACUACAGUGCAAGGACUCACGACAGCAGCACAAGCUCUUCGCAGCACUUCAAAAACCACGCCCAUGCUGCUGAAAAACGAGGAGCUUCUUCCUCCUCAUCCCGUCCUCUGCAAGAGGAUCAACAGCAGGAGCUGGCGAACAAGAACAACGAGCAACGACAAAAGCGAGUUUCUGGUCGUGUUGCAGAACAAGCUCCGAAGCAACAAGAGAUGACGAUGACCGGCACGUCGAAGAAAAACCGGUUACUUUCGUCACUAUCGGGAGCUGCGGGGACCGCUGGUGCUGUGGGGGAAAGAACCAAGAGCAGAAGGGCUCUGGCGUGGGAGAGAAUGAAAAGUAGUAAAGAUAACGAGGAGGAUCCGAUCUCCAGUAUGAAAAGCCAAGUGCUGGACUCGCUAGAGCUCAUGGACCUGUUUGAGCAAAUCGAGGACGGGUCCUACAAAAAAUCACCGCUGGAACUAGUGAAAGACUUGAAGCAGUACUUCCCCGAUGUCGCGGACAAAAUGCUGCGCGACCCCUUUGUCUCCCAGCAAGUGAAAAGCGCAAAUGUUUUCGGGUUUACUAUGCCAGGUGAAUGACCAUGGUGCCCACGCCAUGUUACCUCUGUUACUUGACUACAUGACCUGCUCAUCUUGAUGUCGAGCAUCUUGCAUGUGCUGCAUAGACGAGAGUUUGUUCUUGAAAGAAACCCGCAAGACUACAAGCGGAUUCUCCGCGGUCGCGGUGUGUACAACACAUAAUUAAAUGUGUGAUGUGGUAUCGAGAGUCGUUGUCGUGGGCGAAAAAUUUUGUCUGGCAUAGUUUUCGAGGUCUCGUUGGAGGAGGAUCCGGCCAAGCGGGAUGUAUCCACAGAAAAAAGCCCAUCCCCAUCCAAGAAUGUGUCAUGCAAAGCAUGCGUAAAAUCCUUUGCUUGUCAUGCAAAAACUGAAUAGGGUGUUAUUUUUCUGUGGAUAGGCGGCAGAAAAGUACUACAACAUACCGGAGGACGUCGUAGAAAGAGAGAAAAAGGCUGGGCGCUUCGAUAUCCAGACGAAAUUUGAUGAUGAUGCCGCACGAGCACAAGAAGUGCACAUCCAUGUUCAUCUUGAGACCACGUCUGCAUGACAAAUUCGCGAUCAUGCAAAUUCAAUUUAUGUUUCUGUUUCUGUGCGGUAACAGCUACAGCAUCAAAGUUGUGUUGCAUAUUCCACAAAGUGAUCGGGGACAUGCGGGAAGAGAUGCUGGGAAAGAUCAAGUAUGAAAUGCAAAUCUGUCUGGGUCAGAAAGAACGUCGCAACGGCAUUUUUUUUCAUGGUCGGCUAGAAGCAGGUAGGGGACUCAUCUCUGUUAUGCAUGUUACCCAAAAGCACCGUACCGUUGCUCUGUCAUGCAAGCACGUAGUUUGCCAUGCAGCAUAGCCAAAGCCUUUGGCUAUGUUUGGCUAUGCUGCUUGGCAAAGCAGCUCAAAUAAAUUUUGUGCUAAUGAUUAAUCUACAGCCACAGUGUCACGGCGAGACGACAUACAGACAUAUAAUUUGCACUUGAUAUCAAGAAAGCGAAAAAGGGCGAAAGACCCUCUACUGGCAGUGGCAGCUCGAGCUCCCGAACAACUUCCGAUGCUGCACAAGACGAAUCGCGGAAAACCGAACGUAAUAACUUCGAAGACGCGUCAAAAAAUGUGAAAAGCGGGUGCACCGGUGACCAGAAAGUAGAGCAGGGUCUCCUCUUGCGUAAGCGAGCCGCUGCGGCAACCGUGGCUUCUUCUUCCUCAAACCCAAACGGUUUACUUGAGGCUCAGAAAAUAAACCCAAUGCUCGAUCAUAUGGCUACGCGGGCAGACGGCGCGACGACGUCAUCUGGAGCUGCAACCACAUCUGGAACGCCGCGCGUCGAAGGUGGACAGCAGGGGAACCACGAAGGCAGGUCAACUACAGUGACUGCGGCAAGCACUUCUAGCAAAGGGCGCAAUAUGAAAUUUGCGUAA